UGUUGGUACUUACCUCGGUCUGAAGCAGAUUCAUCUAAUUUGGCAAAUAUUAGGCGUAGCUCCAUGGACAAAGUUUAAAAAGUGUUAUUUUAUUUGGAUCAGUUUUGUUUUCAGUCUAAAUGUAGUGUUGAUCUCAACGAUAGUCUUGGACAUUGUAUUCUGUGAAGAUUUCGAGUGUAUUCUGAAUAAUACCACGUACUAUCUCGCUGUCUCGUGCAAAGUUAUGCAGUGUUACCUAAUGGUUUUGGUUCGUAAGAAGCUGCUUCAACUGGAAAAUUAUUUUCAUAUCUUAGAUGAAAAUGUAAUUGCACCAGAAGAUCAAGUUUUGGCAAAAAAUGCAAGGGAAAAAGGGCAAAAAAUAUUAAAAUUUUUCUUCACUGUUACCAUAUCUGCCGUAUAUAGCCGAAUAUCAGGUUUCCUUUUCACUUCGGGGAAAGUGCAGAUAAUACCAUUGUGGUCUCCGUUUGGAAAAUACAUUGUUAUAAAAUUUCUCUAUGAUUGCAUUGCGGGACAUUUAAUAAUACUCCAAACUAUUGCGAGCGAUAUGUAUCCACCUAUCUGUUUUCUGUUGUUAAAUGCGCACUUAAAGAUUCUAUCUCAACAGUUGUUGCGUAUAGGAGCAGGAGACCUAGAAUGCCCUACUCAAUCGAGUAUUGCACCCUUUGUAGAAUAUCACAUCGCCAUUUUGAAGAUUUAUGAAAUUUUAGAUGCAACCGUCUCGAAAAUGUUUUUUGUUGAACUUUUAAUUGCUAGCAUUCUUCUCUGCAUUUCAACGACAUCUGUACUUUCUAAUAGUAUGGAACUCUCAGAAUUAAUGUUCACUGUUGCGUUCACAUUCGCUCUUAUGUUUCAAAUUUUACCGAUUUGCGUCCUGGCUCAUCAAUUUCAAUCGUUUAGUGAAAAUCUUGCAGAUGCAGCAUAUGGUUCUAAUUGGCCUGAUCAGGACCGUGCAUUUAGACAUUCGAUACUUCUAAUCAUGCAUAGAUCACAAAACUGCAAAUUGAUUCUAGCUGGUGGUAUCGUACCGAUAAACUUACCGACUUUUCUCACUAUUUUACGUUGCGCUUACUCAUUUUCAGCAAUUUAUAGUAUGAUGAAUUAGGCAAAACGUAAGGAAGUCAACAUUGAUACUAACCAAUAGCACCAAGUUCAAUGGGGUUCAAUGGGGUUCAAUGGAAUAUAAUUACCAUUCUUAUUCACAGAUUAUUUACUUUAUUGAAGAAUUAUUGAACUGUUCAGCACGCAUAGUAGUGGAUUUUUAGCAUUUUUUCUGCAUUUGAAAUUAAGACCAUAAAGACGGAAAGUUUCGGGCAAUUCAUUUAAUAGUUCAGAUGAGAAAUAUAAAUAAAGUUGUAGGACAUACCUACUAUUACGCAUGCAACACCAGUACUUUCUUCAACAAGUGGUGAAACCUGGAAACCGAACCACGUCUGGCAAAAGUUGUUGGAAACAUCUUAGAAACCAAUAUUUUGUCACAUAAUUAUUAUAAUUAUGGCAGAUCUUAUGUGUGGUCUCUCACUUAAUCGCUAUAGAAUUAUUCACGCAUUGUUCUUAUUAUUAUCUAAACAGAUCCCUCACAUAAGAUACAUAGUAUACAUCAUCAGUGAUUAUACUCAUACUUAUCGGAAUGCAUCAAUA